AUGUCGACUCUGGUCUGUUGCGAGCCGGUCUCGGCCACGCGUUCACGGGACAACCUGAAGCUGGUGCUGAACCGAAGCCUAAGCGAGCCAGGACCGCCAGCCAGCGCGUCCACGUUCUUGCCGUCGUCGCCGGCGUCCACGGUGUCGCCCAGCUCGUCGACAAGCAGCGGCGUCGACAGCUGCGCGGCCAGCGACGGCACCGAGUGCAACUUGAACGCCAGCGGGACCAGCAUCAGCGGCUGCAGCAGCUCGAGCAGCGGAGCCGACUGCGAUCCCCCGUUGUCCGACGUUCACCGCCACUACCACCAUCUUCAUCAUCAUCACCACUUCCAUCAGCACCAGCUGUCCACGUCGAAACGUUGCAAGCUGGAGACGGUCAGCCUUCCGGCGAGUCCAUGCUCGGAGAGCAACACGCUGCAGAGACAGCUGGUGCUUCAGAGGACUAGAACGAUAACGGCUGACGAGCUGGCGGACCGUCUUCUCGGGGCGCGGGAGCAACAGCCAUCUCCUGGUGGUCCCGUGUUGCUCGAUUGUCGACCGUUCAUCCUGUACAACGUGAACCACGUGCGCGGAGCCAUCAACGUGAACUGUUCGGACCGAUUCAACCGGAGACGGUUGCAACUGGGCAAGGCGAGCCUGGCCGAUUUGGCCAACACCAGGGAGGGCAAGGAACUGUUGCGCAGAAGGCACUAUCGAGAAGUAGUCGUCUACGACGAUUGCACCGACGACGUGGACCGGCUACCCGUUCAGCAUCCCCUGUUCCUUGUACUCGUCGCACUCCUCGAAGAUAACAGGGAACCGGCGCUCCUUUUGGGUGAGUUGUCUUGUCCUUUUUCUUUGCUUAUUUGCUUCAUUGCAUCUUUGCCGAAUUCUUUAGGCCAGUCAAAAAUGUUGUUAAUGUCUUAAAUAUUGUCAGAAGUGAUCUAGCUUUGAACGUUUCGCAACUGCAGUUGGAUAGUUUUAGUACUGCCGCGUAAAAGUCCGCGGUAUAUUUAUUUUAAUCGUGCUGUUUGAUAAUAAUUUACGAUUAUUUUUCAUUUCGUCGAAAAACAGGAUGAAUUCAAUGAAUGAACGAUCAAACACACAUCCAGAAUAUAUAUUUCCUUUAGAUUUUUUUUUCGAAUCGAUUUGAUGAAAGGAUCUUUUCUCAUUUCAACGAAGAAAUGGAUAAAUUCCGUACAUAAACGAUUAAUUGCAGAUCGUUGACGAAAUAUACAAAAAACUGUUCGUUACAUAUUUGUUAUUUAACAGAAGAAUCUUUCUCGUUUCAUCGAGAUAGUCAUGAAGUGUUGAUCACCGAUUUUGAUGAAAUUCGGCAUAAAUGUACUUUCCAAAGAAAUACUUGA